AUGUAGAGCAGGUGGAAACAGACUCUGUGUGUUGUGUGUUUUUUAUUCCAACAAAUCUUUGGAUCUCACUCCGUCUGACUUUCUACAGCCGAAACCAUACAGAGGAACACAAGUAGGUCAGGAUGGAGGUGCAGGAGGACGGGGCCGGGCGGGUCCGAGAGCUGCAGGAGCAGAGGAUGAGCGUCCAGAAGAAAACCUUCACCAAGUGGAUGAACAGCGUCUUCACCAAGAACGGGGAGAAGGUGGAGCUGACGGACGUUUACACAGAGCUGAAGACCGGAGUCGCCCUGAUCCGUCUGUUGGAGCUCAUCUCAAAGGAGAAGCUGCCCAAACCCACCCACCGAAAACUGAGGGUCCACUGCCUGGAGAACAACAGCAACGCCAUCAGCUUCCUCAAAACAAAGAUUCGGGUGGAUCUGAUUGGUCCAGAGAAUGUGGUGGACGGGGACCGAACGCUGAUCCUGGGUCUGCUGUGGAUCAUCAUCCUCAGGUUCCAGAUCGGACCCAUCAACCUGGACGAGGCCUGACCUUUUUGACUAUCGCCGCUUCCAUGCUGACGACCCGUUACGAAACCUGGAUCACGCUUUCCGUCUGGCAGAGCGUCAGUUUGGGAUCAUGCAGCUGCUGGAGGUGGAGGACAUGGUGGUUCCUCAUCCGGACGAGAAGUCCAUCAUGACCUACGUCUCGCUGUACUACCACUACUUCUCCAAGAUGAAGCAGGGACAGACCAUCCAGAAGAGGCUCGCUAAGAUCGUGGGGAUGCUGAUGGAGCUGGACGACAUGAAGGUCCAGUAUGAGAGGCUGGUCUCAGAUCUGCUGCACUGGAUCAAAACCAAGGUGGUGCAGCUGAAUGACCGCCGAUUCCCAAACUCUGUGAGGGAGAUGCAGAAACUCAUGAUGGCGUUCAAGACCUACAGGACUGUGGAGAAACCCCCGAAAUAUCAGGAACGUGGGGCGAUCGAAGCUCAUCUGUUCAGUCUGAAGACUCAGCUGGCUGCCAACAACCAAUGGGCUUACAAUCCUCCAGAGGGUAAAACCCUGAGUGACAUAGAGAAGAGUUGGGCUGUGUUAGAGAGAGCUGAACACGAGCGAGAGCGAGCUCUGCAGGAGGCUCUGCUCCGCCUGGAGAACCUGGAGCAGCUCGCACAGAAGUUUGAGAGGAAGGCAGCGUUGAGGGAGGGGUAUCUGGAGGAUACGCUGCGUCUGAUCCGAAGACAGGAUAUUCGGGGUCUCUCUUCCCUGGAGGAGGCUCAGGCAGCCGGACGCCGUCUGGAAGCGCUCUCCACCGACGCUCUGGCCAGAGAGCCUCGCUUCGCUGCUCUGAGAGACAUGGCUAAGACCAUCGAGAGAGGAAACUACCACAGCAAGGAGCAGAUCAUGGAGAGAGAGGAGAACAUUAGCCACCGAUGGAAGGAUCUUCUGCAGCAGCUCCAAGAGCAGAGGGGGCUGCUGGGAAAUGUAGUUGAAAGCCUCAGCAUCCUCAGAGACAUCGAGCUCGUGUCCCAGGACCUGAAAGAACUACAAUCCCAGGCCAGUUCCUCUGAAUUUGGCAAACAGCUGGCAGAGGUUGAGUCUCUCCUCCAGAAACAGGAUCUCCUCGAAGCUCAAUUCUCAGCUCACGGAGAAACCAUCUCCGCCAUCAGCAGGACAGCGCUGAAGGUGAAAGCGAGAGACGGUCAGCAGAUCCAGAGCAGAGUGAGGGCUCUCGAAGCUCAGUAUAAAUCUCUGGUGUCGCUCAGCAGCAACAGGAGGAGACAGUUGGAGGCUCAGUUGAAGCUCUUUGAGUUCUUCCAUGACUCUGAGGAGAUGGAGGCCUGGCUGUAUGAGCGCUGGUUGAGGCUUCAGAUAGCCGGACUUGGAAGAGAUCUAAACCACAUCCAGCUCGCUCAACACAAACACAAGGUGUUGGAGGCGGAGCUCCAGGCCCAGGAGUCUCUGUACCAGGGGAUUCUGGGUAGAGGUCAGGAUCUUCAGUCCAAACAGAGUCAACCCAAUCAGAGAUCAAUACAGAAGUGGAUCAGCACUCUGAAGAAGAUGUGGAGCCAUCUGACCGACGAGGCCACGGCUCGAAGAAACAGACUGGAGGCCGCCGCCAUCAUCAAACAGUACUUUGCAGAUGUGGCGGAGGCCGAGUCCUGGCUUGGCGACAGGAAACCGCUUCUAACCAGCGAGGAUCAUGGGAAAGAUGAGUCGAGCACGGCGGCGUUGCUGCAGCGACACCAGAGGAUCGAGAGGGAAAUGUCUGCCUACGCUUCGGAGAUAAAGAGACUUUCAGAGCAAGCGAGGAGCGCCGCGCAGCGAACAGCUCUGACUGCGGAGCCUCAGCAGAGUAAGAUGAUCCAGUACAGCGACUCCUCAGGAGACGAGGAGGAUGGAGGAAAGGUGACGUCACCUCAGCCUGCUGUGAGGAGAGGCAAGGGAACCAGAGACUCUCAGAGCGAGGACAGCAAGGCCAAGGUCCGCUUCAAAUACAGCAGAGGUCAGUUUCCGUGGGAUCGUAAUGAGAUAGUAAGCAUCGUCGGCACUGAGCCGGAUGGAGACCGAGUUCUGGCCAAAGACAGUCGAGGAAACCAGCAGCUCAUCCCCAAAACCUACCUCAGCCUGCUGCCUGCCACGGCUCCUCCCCCCUCUGAGCCCAUCUCCACCAAUGGCGAGCAAGAGAGCCCGAACAGGAAGUUGAGUCGUCCGAGACGCAGACGCUCGAUGCGUCGCGGCACCGCUGAGAUCCAAACAACAUGGCUGCCAGACGCUCAGUACCAGAGAGACACUGUGGAGAGCACACAGGCCGGCCUGGACAAAGACUACAACUCCCUGUACAACCUGGUGAAGUCGAAGACGAGGAGUCUGCAGGAGACGCUGCGUCUUCAUCGUUUCUACAACAGCUGCCAGGAGUUUGAGUCGUGGAUGGAGGACAAGGAGAACAUCCUGAACACCUUCAGCUCCGACGCAGACAACCUGGUAGUGGUUCAGGCUAAAUUCGAGAACUUCCUGACUGAGCUGGUGAGUGGGCGGGGCCAGUUGGAUGACAUCAUCAACAUGGCGGAGGAGCUGGUGAAGAGUCGACACAGCAAACAGAGAGAGAUCCAGAGCAUGCAGAGGAGGGUCUCCAACAGGUGGGAUCGGAUCCAGCAGCUGAAGGACGAGAAAGGUCACGAGCUGCUGAGCACGGCGGACGUGAAGUCGUUCCUGCAGAGCUGCGAGGAGGCGAAAGUUCAGCUUCAGGGCCAGCUGUCCGGCCUCGGCACCGUGGACCUGGGCUGCAGCUCCUUCACUCUGCUGGGCGAGGAGAAGACCCAGAGUCAGACCCUCAGGGACAUCCAGACCCUCGAGGCCAAGAUCGCUUAUCUGAAGAGCGUCGCCAAGAUGAAGCAGGACUGCAGUCCAGAGGAGAGCGCAGCGAUCGCAGAGGAGGUCCGGGGUCUGGAGGUUCUGCUCAAUCAGUUGAAGCGUCAGGCUGCAGACAGACAGCGGCUGCUGGAGGAGGCUCGGAGGCUGCAGAGCUUCCAGCAGGAGUCCAAGGAGCUGCAGCGCUGGACCCAAUCUGUCCAGGAGCGCCUCCUUCAGGACGAGACGGCCACUGACGUAGCAUCCGCCGUCGCCCUGCUGGAGCAACACCAGGAUCUCCAGCUGGAGAUGGAGGAGCAGAGGCGCAGGUUAAAAGAGAUGGAGAAGUUGGGGAAAUCUCUCCAGCAGGGCUCGUCCAAUGGGAAGGCGGGAGACGUCGACGUCCAGCAAACCCUGGACAAGCUCAAAGCUGAUUGGUGUAAGCUGGACAAGCUGUGGGCCAAUAGGAAGGAGCGUUUGGAGCAGGGGGUGGAGCUCCAGAGGCUGAACCAGGAAGGAGACCGGAUCGAGGCGACGCUGUCCGGACACGAAGCCCGACUGAGGGUGCAGGACGUUGGGGACUCAGUGGACGGUGUGCACAGUCUGCUGGGCCGACAGGAGGAACUGGAGGGUCUCUUGAAGGCUUUGGACCAACGAGUGGAUACUUUCACUGAACGCAGCCAAGAGCUCAUCAACCAGCAACACUACGCUGCCAAACACAUCAAGGAGAGGAGCAGGAGCCUCCAGAAGGCCAACAGGAAGCUGAAGGAGAGCAGCUGUCAGAGGAGGAGUCUGCUGCUGGCCUCAAAGAAAUAUCAGGAGUUCCAGAGAGACGCAGACGAGCUGCUGCUGUGGAUGGAGGAGAAGUUUAAGGUGGCGGAGGACGAGUCGUACCGCGACCCGACCAACAUCCUGAGGAAGCUGAAGAAGCACGAGGCGGCGGAGAAAGAGAUGCAGGCCAACCAGGUGUGGCUGGACACACUGGUGCAGCUGGGGCAGGAGAUGCUUUCUGAAGAGCACAGCAACAGUCAGAGCAUCAGCAGGAAGUCGACGCAGCUCAGCAGCCGCUGGAGGAGACUUCAGGACAAGAUGGCCGACAGAGGAGACAAACUGAGACAGGCGGGACAGCAGGAGCAGCUGAUGGAGCUCCUGCAGGAUGCCAAGCUGAAGAUUGAGGCGAUCCAGUGGAUGCUGAACAACGCCGCCAAAGGUCACGACCUUCGCUCCAGCCGACAGCUUCUGAAGGAGCAUCAGCAGCUGGAGCAGGAGGCCAAGGAGCUGGCGGAGAAGAUCAACUCCAUCGUUAGCAGAGCCAAACAUCUCGCCUCAAACCACUUCGACUCCCAGAGGAUUCUGAAGGAGACGGAGACCUACCUAACUCUGUUCAAGUCUCUCCAGAAGCCUCUGGACCGGCGUCGGGCUCAGCUGGAGGCGUCAGUCUUUCUGUUUGGGUUUUAUCACGACGUGGAUCUGGAGCUCAGCUGGAUCUCUGAACACGUCCCUGCAUCUGGAUCCACGGGAUACGACAAGUCUCUGGCCGGAGCCAUCAGCCUCAUGCAGAAACACAAGGAGUUGCAGGCAGAAGUGAACGCCCAUCGGAAACACCUGAACCACGUCCUGGAGAAGGGGCGGAGCCUGGCCAAAUCCAGUAAAUCAGAUGGGGAUGAAGUGCUCCAGAGAUGCACGCACCUGAGUGUAGAGUGGGAGGAGCUAGAGGAGGCGUGCAGCAGGAGAGCAUCUCACCUGAGCAAAGCCAUCACCAGAGAACAGCUGCUGUUGGACUGCUCAGAGCUGGAGUCCAGGCUGACUGAGACCCUCACUCUAGUGAACACCGAUGACUACGGAAAAGAUGAGCUGGGAACACAGAGUCUCCUCACCAAACACAAGGUGUUGGAGGGCCAGCUGGAGGUGCUGGAGGUGGAGGUGGAGGAGUUGGGAGACCAGGUGGAGCAGGCGGAGCAGAACUGGAGCCUCGAGGAGCUCAGCCGGCCUUACAGUCGCCUCAGAAGCCUGAACCAGCAGCUGCAGCACCAGGCGGCUCUCAGGGGUCAGAGGUUAAAGGAAGUCCUGCAUCUCCACGAGUUCAUACGAGAGUCUUCAGAGUUAGAGGACUGGAUGAACGAGCAGAGACUGACAGCUGAGUCUCAGGACCUCGGAAACGACUACCAACACAUCCAGUUGCUCCGUGGGAAGUUUGAAGGUUUCCUGAAGCAGCUGGAGGUCGGAGAGGAGCGACUGGAGAGCUGCAGCGAUCUGGCUGCUGGACUGAUCCUCAGCAAACACCCUCAGAGCUCUGCAGUCAGAGACACACAGCAGCAGCUCAGUGCAUGCUGGGAAGAUUUGAAGGUAGUGGCCACGGAGCGACAAGAUCAGCUGCAGAAAGCCGAGGAAUGUCACCGCUUCUACCAAGACCUGAGCGACGCACUGACACUCAUCCAGGAGCGACGGAAGAGCAUCCCUGACGACGUGGCGAAGGAUUUGAGAGGAGUGACGUCGCAGCUGAGGAAACAUGAAGCUCUGCUGCACGAGCUCGCUGCCACAGAGCAACAGUUGCAGGAGCAGCUGGACGGCGUCGACUCCAUCUUGGACCUCUGCUCGCCUCAGCUGAAGCUCCGCCUCCAGGAAGUGCAGCAGCAACUGGUGGAGCGGUGGGAGGAUCUCCGUGUCCACGCUGAAAAGAGGGAGGAGGAGCUCAAACUGGCGUGCCAAAGAUACAUGUUCCUCAACACGGCGCAGGAUUACUUCCUGUGGUGCAGCCAGCUGAUCGGUGCGAUGGCUGCUGAGGAGAGCAUCAGUGAUGUGGUGACCUCUGACCUGCAGCUGGCCAUACACCAGCAGCUGUGGGCGGAGAUGGAGGCCAGACAGGAGACCUACCAGCAGGCUCUGGACAUGGGAGAGGAGCUGCAGACGCAGGACCGAACCAACAGGAAGGAGGUGUUGGAGAAGCUAAAGGCUUUGCAGGAGGAGCGAGAAAAGCUGGAGGAUCAGUGGAGCCUGAAACAAAGCUGGUUAGAGAGCAUUCAUCUGGAGCAGGUCUUCUACAGAGACGUUAACAGCAUGGACAAAACCUCCAGCUCACAGGAGAUCCUGUUGCAGAACAGCACUCUGGGAAACACAGUCGAUGAGACGGAGGGCUUGAUAAAACGGCAUGAAGCUUUUGAGAAGCUGCUCAGCUCGCAGGAGGACAAGCUCUCCUCUCUGAAGGAGCUGUCCGAGCGGCUGAAGAAGCAGCUGAGCAGAGAGAAGAGCAGCUCGGUCCAAACCAAACUCAAAGCCCUCCUCAAGAGACGUGAUAGGAUCAAGGAGCUGUCCGUCAAACGCAGGGAGGAGCUGGAGCUCUCCAGGAUGCUGUGUAUCUUCAACAGAGACGUAGCUGAGGCUGAGGAGUGGGUGUCUGAGAGGAUGCAGAAGAUGGCAGAAGACGGGAAAGCAGAUCUCAGCUACCUGCAGGCCAAGAUGAAGCUUCUGCAGAAACACCAGGUGUUCGAGGCAGAGAUCCUCGCUCACAGAGAGAUCAUCGGCUCGGUGCUGCAGGCUGGAGAGGAGCUGGUUUCUCUUCAUCACCCGAGGUCUAAGGAGGUGAAGAGGAGUUCCUCCGCCCUGCAGCUCCACUGGGAGGAGCUGAAGAAAGCCCUGGCCAGCAGAGGGAAGUCUCUGGAAGACAACAGAGACUUCCUGGAGUUCCUGCAGAAAGUGGAAGAGGUGGAGGCCUGGAUCCGAAACAAGGAGGUGAUGAUUAAUGUCGGAGAUGUUGGAAAGGAUUACGAACAUGGAGUUCAGCUGCUGAAGAAACUCAGCGAGUUCAGGGGAACUGGAGAUGGGGACGUGACAGUAGACGACGCUCACAUCACAGCCAUCAACAGACUGGCCGACAGACUGGAAAAGAGACAGAGUGCAGAAGAACUGGUUACCGUUAGACAGAGGAGAAAGCAGCUCAACGACAGGUGGAGCAAGUUUCACGGAGAUCUGAGCAAUUACAAGAAGAAGCUAGAAGGGGCGCUGGUGGUCCACGCUCUGAUCCGAGAGCUCGAGGAGGUUCGAGACAGAGCCAAUGAGAAGAUGCUGCUGCUGCAGGGUCAGGACUGUGGGUUUGAUGUGGACAGCGUGGAGAACCUGAUCAGACGCCACGAGGAAACAGAGAGAGAGGCGGGCGUCAUCCAGGAGAGGUCAAAGGCUCUGGAGAUGGAGGUCUCGGAUCACCUGAAGGCUCGAUCAGUGAUGAGCGACAAGCUGAAGAGCAAACAGAAGGAGGUCCAGAAAGCUCUGAAGACUCUGGACCAGGAGGUGAAACUCAGGAAGGAGAAGCUACAGGAGGCUCACCAGCUGCAGCUCUUCAAAGCCAACCAGCGCCUCCUGCUGGAGUGGAGUGUGAAGCAGAGCGGUGAGAUGGCAGAGAAAGGGCUUCCCAAGACCAGAGCUGAGGCAGAGCGGCUCAUCGUGGAGCAUCAGGACUGGAAGACGGAGAUCGACGCCCGUGCCGAGCGCAUCGACUCCGUGCGGGACUUCGGUCUGGGUCUGAUCCGGUCGGGGCACGGUUUGAAGACGGAGAUCCAGAAGGCUCUGAACCAGCUGGAAGAAGCCAAAUCUGGACUGGACCGAGCAUGGCUGAACCGAAACACGACGCUGGGGCAGGCUCGCACCCUGCAGGUCUUCUUGUCCUCUGUGGAUCAGUGUGAGAGCUGGCUGAGCAACAAGGAGGCGUUCCUCUCCAACCAGGACCUCGGGAGCAUGGUGAUGGAGGUGGAGACUCUUCAGAGGAAACACGCUCAGUUUGAGGAGGCGCUGGAGGCUCAGGUGGAGCAGCUGGACGAGGUGGAGACACUGGGUCAGAAGAUGAUCCAACAGAAACACUACGACUCUGACAACAUCAGAGCCAAAACUAAAGCGCUCGCCACCAGACGGAGUCAGUUGCAGCAGCAGAGCAGAUCUCGUCACAAAGCUCUGGAUCGAUCCCUGGAGCUGCAGCAGUUCCUGUCCAGCAGCUACCAGGUGUGUGUGUGGCUGAACGAGCGUAAUGCAGUGGCGCUGGAUGAGAGUUGGAGGGAACCGACCAACCUUCAGGCCAAGCUGCUGAAACACCAGAGCUUUGAAGCGGAGAUCCUCGCUAACCGCUACCGAGUGGACACACUCACCAAGGAAUCAGAGAAGCUGCUCUCUGACCCUCGAUCAGCUGAAGUGAAAGUCCGACCUCGACUCAGAGAGCUGACGGACAGCUGGGACGCUCUGAUCCAAAACUGUAAGGAGAAGAAGACCAGACUGCAGGAGGCCUACCAGGCGUUGCAGUUCCAGCGCUCUCUGGAUGACAUGGAGCAGAGUGUGGGCUCAGUGGAAAGUGAACUGAACAAUGAGGACUGUGGCAGCGACCUGCCGUCCGUCACCCGGCUGCUGAAGGCUCUGCAGGGCCUGGAGGAGGAGGUGGACGGACUCAGAGACAGAAUACAGGGUCUGGUGGAUACAGCGAAGAGCUUCCACUCGCAGGGAAACUUCCUGGCUGAGGAGAUCCAGACGAGAGUCGCUCACACCAUCAACAGAUACAACAGUCUGUCGGAGCCCCUGCUGAGUCGGAGGGAAACCCUGGAGGCCUGGCAGGUUCUGUUCCAGUUCUACAGAGACCUGGAGGAGGAGGCGGCCUGGCUGAGCGACAGACUGCCCUCCAUCACUAACAGAGAGUGGGGGGGCACUCUGAGCAGCACCCAGCAGCUGCUGCACAAACACCAGGCUGUGACGCAGGAGAUCUCAAGCCGCGCCCCAUUGGUCCAGGCAGUUCAGGAGGCGGGACAUAGUCUGGUCAGAGGUCGUCACUUUGCGUCUCACGACAUCCGGGAGCGUCUGAAAGAGUUGAAACGUCUCCACGAGGAUCUUCUGACGGAGGCGGAGAGGAAAGGGAAACUCCUGCAGGAGGCGCUCAGCAUCCACACCUUCCUCACUGAGGUGUCGGAGUUGGAGCUGUGGCUGGAGGAGCAGCAGGUGAGUCUGGAGUCUCGGGAGAGUGGGAGGAGCGAAGAGGCGACAGAGACUCUUUUGAGGAAGCUGGACUCUGUGGACGUAGAGCUGGAGAACCAGAGGAGGACGGUGGAGAAGCUGCAGGAGAGCGGAGCGUCGCUGCAGCACCUCGGACAUCCCAACAGUCCUCUGGUCAGUGAGGCUCUCCCAGGUGUUGCUGAACGCUUUGAGACUCUCCUCCGACUCUCAACUUCUCGUCGCUCCGCUCUGGAAGACCAGCUCCGCCUCUACGUGUUCGAGAGAGAAGCCAAAGAACUUCAAACAUGGCUGACAUCCAAGAAGACGGUGGUGGAGUCCAAAGACUGCGGACAAGAUCUGGAGGACGUGGAGGUGCUUCAGAAGAAGUUGGAGGUUCUGGUGUCGGAGACGUCGGGUCUGGGUCGGACUCGGCUGACCUCGGUGCAGCAGCUGAGUCGAGGCCUUCAGACGGACAGCUCGGCCCGGAGGAGAGACGACGCCCUCAGCGAUCUGUGGGAGGAGCUUAACAGCAGCAUCAGGGCCAGAGAGCAGAGUCUGCAGGCAGCGCGGGAAGUUCAUCAGUUUAAUCACGACGUGGACGAGCUGAAGGGCUGGAUGGCGGAGAAAGAGGCGGUGCUGGAGGCGGAGGAUCAGGAGCACGACCUGCACUCCAUCCAGACUCUGCUGAGGCAGCACGAGGCGCUGGAGAGGGACCUGGCUCUGAUCUCAGAGGAGGUGAAGAAGAGUAAAGAUGAAGGUCGGGCUCUGAGCCGCCGGCAGCCUCCGGUCCGAUCCGCUGUGACUCAGAGGCUGGAGGAACUGGAGGUUUUCUGGAGAAACGUCCAGGAGAAAGCCUCCCAACGAAGAGCCAGACUGGGCCAGGCUGAAGAUGUUCAGAAAUACUUAUCCCUCUGCAGCGAGCUCAUGGCCUGGCUGAGGGAGAUGUUGUCUCUGGUUCGAAGCGAGGCGUUGAGCGUGGAGGGAAACGACCUGGAGCAUCUUAUUAAAAAACACGAGGAGUAUCACGUCCAGAUUGACCGCCAGCUCAGCAAAUCACUGGCUGUGAAAGAGGAAGGGAAGCGUCUGAUAGAGGGAGGGAACUUCAUGUCUCCAGAGGUGGAGGAGCGAGUCUGUGAGCUGGAGGAACUGGAGGAGAAGGUAGUGAAGGUCUGGGAGGAAACCAGGAUCCUUUAUGAGGAGGAGCUGGAGAUCUGUCUCCUGCAGAGAGAGCUGGAGCAGGCGGAGCGAUGGCUGAGCUCGUAUGAAAACACACUGAUGGCCGAGGACUACGGGGACUCUGUGUCAGAUGUGAUGGAGCUGCUGAAGAGGCAGGAGGACCUGGAGGCCAUGAUUCAGGCUCAGAGCGAGCGCUUCAUCGCACUGCAGAAGAAGAAAACACAGAGGGAGAAGAGACUUUAUGGAAACGAGAACACGGACCUUGAGGACAGAAAACCUGCAGCCAGAGUUUCGUCUCUGAGGAGUAAACCGUCCGAUCCAAAGACUCCUCUGACCUCCAGAGACAUCGUGCGGCGAGUCAGCAGCAGCAGGAAGACGGACAGAAACAUCAGAUCUCCGAUUCAAGACAAAAAAAACAGCGUCAAAAGCUCUGCUAGUCCUCCACCCAGUCCUCCUCCCCACCGUGACACCAGGAGAUACUCCAGCAGGAGGACAUGGGAGGUGGAGGAAGAAGAAGCUCCUCCUCCAACUCCGACUGUAAGGACAUGGAGGAGUCGGAGCAGCCAAUCACCUGACUCCUCUUCUCCAAAACCUCCUUCUCCCUCCUCCCCUCAAAGCUCUGUCUCUUCCUCAUCUCCCGAGGAAGAACGUAGUAACAGUUUCAAACCUCCUCUGGCUCCAAAGCCCAGGAUCUCCUCUGAAGAGCGGACAUUUGGACUUCCCUCGAAUAAGCUUGCUAUGCCACCUGACUCGCCUCCACCAAUCAGAGGGCUUGUUGCUCCAACUCAACCUCCACCUCCUCCUCCUCCUCCAGUCGCAGAAACACCUUCUUCCCCUGAUUCGUCACCAUCUCCAACGAGGAAAGAGCUCCAAAGUGAGCCAGAUCCUCCUGAUUCUCCGUCUAGUGCAACUCCACCUGACUCCCAGACUCCUCAACCAAUCACAGAGGAGGAAACCGAAUCAGCUGACCUCUCACCUCCAAUGAGAGAGCUUCCUCCGUCUCCUCCACAACGUCAGAGGAAGUUAGAGGAUCUACCAGAGGAGGAACACGGCUCCACACAGGAGGUGACGGCAGAGCGGCCAAUCAGAAUGGAGGGAAUGCUGGAGAUCAAACUGAAACAAGGAGGAAACAAGGGUCUGGAUCACUGGGAGGAAGUGUUUGCUGUUCUGGAAGAAGAGACGCUGAGUCUGUUCAACGACAGAGCCGCUGCUGCAGAGAUGGCCUCUAGGUGGCCUCCUAUCAACAUGAAUGGAGGCGUUUGCAGGGAGAACACUUACUACCGGAGGAAGGAGAACACCUUCAAACUCAUUCUGGAGGACGGCAGUCAGUUCCUGUUUGCAGCGUCGAGCAGAGAUCUGAUGCUGCUCUGGGUGAAGAAGCUGCAAAACUGUCCAGAGUCUGGCAACAGUGACUCUGAUGACUCAGGAGCCUCUUCAGUCAACCUGAGUUUGGAGAAGUUAGCAGACGCUCAGGAGGAUUCGUCUUCGAACAAACAUCUGGACAGAAGAGCUGAGAGCCUGGAGAGACAAUCGUCCACGGAGAGUCAACCUCCUCCCAAACCCCCCCACAUUUACUACGACAAACACCGCUACCCCGAGGAAGGGGAGGCCAGGACAGACAGUCAUCAAACCCUGCCUGUGACCCCCCGGCUGACAGAGGACAACACGAACAGAGACAAGUCCAAGAAGAGUGUCUUCAGGAAGUUUUUCACUAAGAAGUAGAACUUUAUAUUGACUCAGGUGACAAAGACUUUGAUAUUGAAAUGAUAAAAGCCUUAAUGGAUGCCAAGUAGAAGUGUUUGUACUUUAAAAGUUAUUUUCGAUUGAAGUGCCUCACAGAAAAAGAGAGAAACCUGCAAACUAAUGAUAAUAAAGUU